AGAUCCUCACAGUUGCCCGAGCUGGAAUUGUCUUUUUGACAAUAACAAGGACAGACUUUCAUAGACGGGCGAACGCUGAAAGCUUUUUUCGAAUCUCUCAAAAGCCCCAGUUUUUCUCUGGCUGUUUUAUUUUUGUGAGAAGUUGCAUUUGUAGCUUUCUUUCUGGUGGUGAAAAAUGGCCACAGAUCCAAAGAUGCACACUUUCGAAGAGGUUUCAAAGCACAACAAAACCAAAGACUGUUGGCUGAUUAUUUCUGGGAAGGUGUAUGAUGUAACUCCAUUCAUGGAUGAUCACCCUGGAGGCGAUGAAGUGUUGCUGUCAGCAACCGGGAAGGAUGCCACUAAUGAUUUUGAAGACGUGGGGCACAGUGAUUCUGCAAGAGACAUGAUGAAAAAAUACUACAUAGGCGAUAUUGAUUCAAAAACUGUUCCAGCUAAGCGCACCUACAUUCCACCACUGCAAACCCCUUACAAUCCUGAUAAGACCCCAGAGUUUAUCAUUAAGAUCCUACAGUUUCUGGUACCCCUCCUGAUCCUGGGCUUGGCUAUUGCAGUGCGUAACUUCACUAAGAAAGAGUAGCUUAUUACUACACAGUUUCUUACCCGUUUUGAAGGGUGAAUUGGUGGUUUUAUCAGUUAGUUGAGAAGAACAGUCAUAUCUUUUGUUUCAUUUCCCUUUAACGUUUGUGUGUCUUAAAACCGAGUAGUGGUUCGUAAUAUGGUCCGUUGUUGAAGACAAUACUGUAUUGAGCAUCUUUGAGAACCCAUUUAAGUCAGCCGGAGACUAGAAGACGUUUAAUUUUCUUGGAAUUUAUGAGCAGGGGCAUGUGUUUUUCUCCCCUUUGCAUACACCUAUAGCUUUUGUUCA